ACGGCAGGGAGCGAACUUCCACAUGGCCUCCUACCAGGUUGGAACCGGAAUGUGUGUGUGAGGUUUGAUCGCUAACAGGCGGCGUGGACACGAGGAAAACAGUCACUACGUUAGAUGCGCAACUCGCACUUUAAUUGCCGUUGAAAUGGGUAAAAGUAAAACCACCAAGUUUAAACGUCCGCAGUUCAACUCUGUCGGCUUGCCGGUGAAUGCAGUGAAGGAGGCGGACGCUGAGGAGGAAGAACUCGGCGAGGAUGGCUGUCCAGCUGCGGAGUUGCUGGAGAAAUUGCAGAGUCCCAGCGCAGAUGUUCGAGAGUUGGCAUGUGCCAGCAUUUCACGGGUGGUGCAGCAGAGCCAGACCAUCCCAGGUUUCCUCCAGAGGGAUGCUGUCAGACGCCUGGGCCCCAUGUUGCUGGACCGCAGCCUGCCGGUCAGAGAGACUGCCACUGGAGCUCUCAGGAAUCUGAGUGCAUGUGGAGGUCAGGAGGUGUGCGAGGACAUGGUGAAGCACGACGUCAUGACUCCUCUGACAGCACUGCUUAGAGAGUGCUGUGCUGGUUUUGAAGAUGCUGUGUCAAUGAAGGAGCAGAAGAAUGCAGUGGAGGAUGUGGCCAAUGAGGCUGUGAACUUACUGUGGAAUCUAUGUGAGAGCAGCAGCCAGGCGCUGUCUGUGUUCAACAAGUCAGGUCUCUUGGAUGUGGUUGUCCAGUGUCUGGAGAGACACCCACACAACGUGGAACUGGCCAUAUCUGCUGCUCACUGUUUGCACACUGUGACUGAGGAUAACCCAGAGCUGCUGUGUAGCCUGAACACUGCUGUGCUUGGAGCCUUGGAGAAUGUGCUUCUCUCAUCUCAACCAGGCAUGGCACACAAUCUGCUCAGGACAUUAGCUGCAGGGACUCUGUGGAACAUGAAGGGUAGUUUGCCCACUGCCCGUCAGGCCCAGACUGUCAACGCUGUGGUGGCCACCUUGUCACAGUGCCUGGAUUUGGACGCAGGUAUGCUGAUCCCUGAACUCAGACAAGCAGAAGAGGUUCGUCAUAGAAACACACCAGCGGCAACACACACCGAAGAGCCCGCUGCAGCAGAGCUGGAGGAGAUGGACGAGGAGGGAGAAGCACCUAAACAGAGGAGGAACGGAAAAGCUGUGAAGGUUGAUAAUGACUUCUCCGACUUCCUGCCUAGGGGCAAGGAGGAGCUGAGGGAGGCAACGGCCUUGCUGACAGCCCAGCAAACGUCCUUAGAGAUCAUUGUCAACAUGUGCUGCUCUGAUGACCCUUCUGAUGACGAGUGGGAAGAGGAAUCAAGCAGUGAUGAAAGUGACUUGGGUCCUGACGGUCUUUGUGACGGACUGUCCAACCUGAUGUCUCCACUGUGUUUGUCAGCUGAGGUUCAAGGGGCCUUGAUCAGCCACAGAAUACCAGAAAAGGUUCUCAAAAAGACAGAGUUCCCUAGAAAUGAAGCCAUGGAUGUAUGCCAUCAGAAUCCCUCCUGGAGAGGCCUGAUAAAAAAGAUGCAGCGCGUCCAGUCACGGGCUCUGACGGGGCUCCACAGCAUCCUUUCCACCAUGGAUGCAGAGUCUCUGGGUGGUGCAUCAGCCCUGCAGCAAGCAGCACAGCACCUCUCCACACUGGUGUUUGGUGCCGCAGAGAUUACCAAAGAUGAGGAGUUCCUUGAGGCAGUCAUCAGUGCAAUGCGGUCUCUUUUACAGAUGAUUGCCUCCAAAAAUAUCCCACAGUGUAUGACCCCCCAGCAGCUGAUGAGCCUGAGCGAAGCAGCCACCUGCUGUGAUGUUGUCAGUGUGAGGGUCAACGCCGUCGCCAUUCUGGGCAUCACUGGCAGCACACUGGCCAAAGAGAAGGGCACUGCAGAAACCCUUCAGAUGAUUGGAAACGCUUUGCUUCAAGUUGCCACAAGGGAUGCCGACCUGGUUGUAAACGGAGAAGCCCUUGACGCUUUAUUUGAUGUUUUCGCGGAUGGAGAUGAGGCGGAAACAGCUGCUAAAAACAUCCACUUACUGCCUGCACUCAAGGCACUUCAACCUGUCUUCAAGGCUAAGAUACGCAAAGAAGGAAGAGGCAAAUACAGCCCUCAGCAGCUGUGUGUCUUGGAUAACAUCAAAGUGAACCUGAGAAGAUUUAUUGGUUAUCUGGAGAAGGUGGUGAAAAAAUGAGGACUUUCCAUACUUCACAUUAUGAUCGGUUGAACCUGUAUGGUUUGGACAGGAGCAUAAUAUGACAGAAUAUGGGAAACCGUUAAGUAUUUAUGUUUAUAUUCUUUAAAUAAUUGUUUACUGUUUUAUUAGUGGUGUGAAAGUUUAUUUGUGGUGAAAAAAAGACGAGUGGAAAAAAAUAAUUAUUUGUUACUGCAUGUAGCAGUUAAGUUUUUUUGUUUGUUUUUUCUUUUUAUUCAAAAGAAUUUUCAGACCUGAAUUUGUUUAAGGUAUUCAUGCCUCCCAGUCACAUUAUUAAGAGAUCAUGUGUGGAAAGCUGACAUCACGUCUUCACAUGAGUACCCUUUAUUUUAUCCCAUGUUUCAGUGGCCAUAACACUGAUAUUUGCAGACUGAGUUAUUCAUAGGUGAUGAAUAGUGAAUCAAGUAACAGCUACUUAGUGAAAAAUGGAAGACUUUGUUUUAUUGAUAUUAUACAUUGGAUUGAUAGUUUUUCUUUUUUAAAAAGGAAUUGGCUUCCUUUAAAUAUGUCUAUUUUUGCAAUCACUUACUCCACUCAAACAGUUUAGUGGUAAAUUUCUGGACUUUCCUGUCUGCAAGGCACAACAGCAGAACCCAUUCUUAUCAGUUACAUCUUAAAAUAAUGACAUAAAUACAAAUACAAAAUCGGUUUGGUGUCUUUAAAACUAAUAAGUCUGUGCUCAGCCCUGUGCUACAACAGAGCAGGUUUGAAAUAUGCAAAUCUGCAUAGUGUCAUCUGCUUUGCACCUGAUCCAUUGAUCAUCAUGCUUUAUGUAACUGACAAAGUCAAGUCUAGCUUUCUUUUGUCUGGGUUUAAAACUAUUUCAAAAAUACAUGUGAGGGAGACUCUGUCACCAGGUUCUGAAGGAAUGUGUUAUUUUGAAAUAAAUCCUGAUUUCUUACAA